ACAGUAAUUAGUGAUGUCAUCCUUAGUUACUACAGUAAUUAGUGAUGUCAUCCAGAGUUCCUAAAGUAAUUAAUGAUGUCAUCCAUAGUUACUACAGUAAUUACUCAUGUUAUCCAUAGUUACUACAGUAAUUACUCAUGUUAUCCUUAGUUACUAAAAGUAAUUAGUGAUGCUAUUUUAUUAUAUGUAGGCCGUUUUUGUUUGGAAUUGUCAGAAAGGAAUCUUUCAGUACAGGCAUUUUCUCAUUUCUUAAUUAUAUUUUAAUUCGAUAAAAUAGUUUAAAGGGUAGUGUAUGCUUAGCGAGUCAAAAUAAUUAGUUUUAUUACAUGCAGUCAAGUAUGAGGUUUUGCUUCAUUUAGCUCCUGCUAUUAUUUUAUCAAGUUUUAAUGACACAUCUCCAGUAAUAAAUACUCCAGUAAAUAUCUCAUGUGAGGCAACUGGUCGCCCAGUUCCAACUGUAUCUAUUACAAAAGCAUCUGGUGCCAAAACAGCAGUAAGUGAUUUCACUGGUUACAAAUACACGAUUUUUUUUGUAAGCAACUUAGAAUCUUGGUCACAUUUCAAGUAGCUUGUUUUUUAUCUAGUAUCUAGAUCUAAAGUUGCUUCGUGGUUGCUUAAUUUUCAUUGAUUAAAUUUCCAUGAGUGUUUUGAUAGGAAAAGGGAAAAUACAAAGAGAAGUCGUUAUCUUCACUCUCUUCUUCGAAGAAGUCAUUGCAGUUUCUUUUUUUUGCGAGUUUUUAGUUAAGUGUUUUGUUUUUUUUGCUUGAAAGACUUGUUUAUACUGAAAAUUGUAAAGAACUGAAGUUGCUUAUUAAUUUUUAGUUGCUUAUGGACAGGUUGCUUAUAAUUAACAUUGUUUACUUUUGAUAGUCGGGAAAAGGAAAAGCUGUGUUAACAAUCAACCGUGUCGCUGUUUCUGAUAAAGGGUGGUACACAUGUACUGCGUAUAAUGGCGUCACUAUUGUUGACACCAAGUCAAUGGAAAUGGACGUUUUAACGCGUCCUGUUAUUGAUAAAAAUGCAACAACGACGGCACUUAAAUCUGCAGUUGGAUUGAAUUUUGUCAUUAAAUGCUCAGCCAAAAGCAAUCCAGACCCUACGGUAACAUUCAGUAAAAAUGGAGCUGCAGUGGAUACAAAUUCAACGAAAAAAGAUGGUAUUGUAACCGCAGUUUAUGAAGUGAAAUCUGCAGUAAAAUCUGAUUUUGGUGAAUAUUUAUGUAUUGCUACCAAUCCACAUGGUGAUGCAAGUAAAAGAAUUAAAAUUGUUGAAGGUUCUUCCACAGCUCCAGUUGAAAAGAAAGACGGUGGACUUGGUAACGCUGCUGUGGCUGGUAUAAUCAUCUGCAUCAUAUUAAUCAUCUUAGUGGUGGUGGAUUUGUUUUGUUGUUUUUUUAAUAACUGUGGUUUCUCUCAUUGUUGUUUUGAAACGUUUUGUGCGACUAAGGGAAAGAAGUAUGCACCUGCUGAUAGAGACGAAGAGGAAAUGGAGGAAAUGAAACCUAAAAUGCAGGAACCAGUUUAGCAAGAAGGGAAAGAAUUUAAACCAAUAUUUUUGCAGAGACUGAAUGUUGAGACAAAUGGGAAAGCACAAGUAAAAUUCAUUCAAAGAAGCACGAAUGAAAAUACUAUCAGUGCUGUUCACCGUAAUCAAUAAAUACGUCUUUCCGAAAGUUAAUAGUAUAAAAAUGUCGUUUUGUGACGUUUAAGGGACAAGUAGAAAUUACUUUAGAAUUGUAACCCGUUUGGCAUACCGAAAAAAGAAGAAUCUAGGACCCAGAGAGAAUCGUUGAGAUUUUUCUUUUGUAAUUUUUUUUUUUGAAAAGACUACGUAAUUCCUCUCUUUUUCUUUACAAGAUUUUUCAGUGAGCUAGGCAUAUGUAAAACAGGAAAGUCUUUCUCUGCUUCAGCUUGGUGUGCUAGCUCAUCAGAACGUUUAACAUCUUUUUCAGUAGUCAAAGCUUUCUUCUUUGCUGCUGCCUUGACCUGUACCUUAACUGCUUACGCUUACGAUUUCUUUUAUUCUGAAUUCCUGUAUUUUUCCUCUCCUCUAAUGAAACCACGUAACACAUUCGAGAAGCCUUGACAUUUUCAGUCGUUUCUUUUGCAUUUAGUAUAUUAAUUAGACUUAAUUUUUAUUUAUCACCAUGUAGUUACACGAAAAGCCACCAAAAAUUCUUCCUGUAGUUUUUCAACAAAAUGUUCUUUGUUGAUGCUCAACCUUUUUCUAUUGAUGACUGACAAUGCGACAAAGUGCACACAAUCUUCGAUACAUAAACAUUGAACUAUAUUUGCUCCGAAAGAUAAGUGCCCAUCAACUCGUUCCUGAAACCACUAGGUUUUUGGAUAACGAAAGAUUGAUAACGUUUUUUAGCCGCCAUAAAUUUAGGCAUUAAAGCACUCAGAAAAGGUGGCAGUCGAAAUGUAAGUGUCCCCGUGUACUUUCCUGAUCACUGGCCAUAUAAUUAGGAUCGAAACAUACUGUAAAUCUUUCAACAGCACUUUAUGAUUUGCGACUUUUUCAUAAAAUUCAGGAGUUUCAAAGAGAGUGGCGAGCCUGAAAUAUCUUGUUUCGACUUUUCAUUCAUGACAUUGAUUUUUUGCACGGACUAAUAUUAUGACUUUUUAUGGCUUUUUAAGUCCUUCCAAUGGGUCCUGGGUCCUUCUUUUGCGGCAAGCCUAAUCUGUUUCAUGUGUUUUAAAUGUUUUAAUUUCUUUUGUUGAUAUAGUUUUUUAAGUUUAGCACUGUAGCAAUUUGGGAUAACAUAUUUUAUUUUAAACUUAAUUUUUAUUUUUUUGUGUUACUUUCAUGUGUGAGUAUUUUGAAUGGAUGUAUUACCAUGUGCGUUACCAGUGAUUUUACACAAAAAUUUAUGGCUGAGAAUGACUGAGAAAUAAGUGCCAAAAAAUAACAAUGGAAAGACGGAGAUUUUAUUCGUAUCUCCUUUUUUCAUGAAUUAGAACAUAAAAUGGGUAUAUCCAUGCAAAAUUUUUCUAAAUCAAUUGUUUUGUUUUUGCGACCCUUUACUAAGAUUCCUAAUCGCAAUUAUUUAAUGCACUGUAAAACAAAUAAAAAUGCUUAAAAUAGAAAAACAAAUGUAACAUAAGAACAACAAGAUGCAGGCGCUGCAUAAACUAUCUCGUUUUUAAAAGUGCACAACUAUGAAACAUCGAUAAUACGACCCAAUUCUACAAUUUAUGCCAACAAAAAAUACAGCCGAUCAUUCAUGGUUGAAAGUCUUGCGAUUAAAACGUUUAUGGUCUUGAACGGCAUUUAGGUGACAAAAAAUCAAAAUUAUGAUGUCACUAUUAUGUUUAGCAUACUAUUUUGUUAACUGUGCUAAAUUUUGUCGAAAACAAUUACCAAUUUUUGCCUGAAACGUCAUUUAGAUGACUUCCAAGCACUUAGAGAGUUUAGGUACGAAGUUUAAAUCUGUGACGUUGCAAUUGACCAUUUGGGACAUUGUUAGUUACGAGUUGGAAAUCUAUCUUCGCAGGCGAGAUAGUAAAAAGAAGAAAAAAGAAAAAAUAGUUACCAAGAGGAGAUUUGAACACACGUCUACUCCCGUGUCGGUGCUCAGAGACGCAAAAAUUUCCAUUCUUGUAGGACACAUUUGCGUUUUAUUACAAGCUCACGAGCUUGUAACAAAUAAACAACAUAAAAGCUAAUGAAACGAGACCUCUGGCUAAAUUUCUUGAUUCCUGCAAUAACAUUUUUAUUUCACUUUAAAUAUCUAUAUUUUGUCUCUUUCUAGAAAUGAAUGCCUAUCAAACCGAAUUACAUCAUUCUUUAUGAACUUGAUGUAUACGGUUUUUAUAGGCAACACGAGGCUCAAUUCCUUCAAAGAAAACAAAGCGACUGGUGAGCAACAGUCGGAGUUAUUCUGAUUGGAUAAAUAUAAAAAUAAGAAGAGACCAGGGAUUAUAAACAACGCUAGUUAAGCAGACAUAUCCUGUUUUAAAAGCGAUGUCAGUUUUAUUUAAAAAGCGUGAUUAAAUCUAGAUUUAAAGCUAUGUUAGAUCUUUCAAGCUAGCGGCCCGCUCAAAUUUAUUUCGCUCUUAAAUUCCCACAGGGUGGCCACAAGUCAUGGAAUUUCUGGAAAUCAUGGAAAAGUCAUGGAAUUUUAUUUGGUCUGGAAAAAGUCAUGGAAAACAGGAUUUUCAUGAAAAAGUCAUGGAAAAGUCAUGGAACUUUUUUUCCUUGACAACCUAAGUUUUUGACUGGCUAAAUAUUUUUGCAGUUUAUAUUUUGUAGCAUAAAUUUCAAGAAAACUUAAUUUCAAUUUUUUGAACAGUUUCAUUGUCAAGCUUUGUUGCAAUAUAACAUAGUUGUGUUUGGUUUUAUUAUACUAUAAAUUUGUUUUAUUAUACAUUAUGUCAUGUGACUGCUUAAUUUACAAGCAAUGAUAACUUAUAUUGAUGUAAUCUGUGUAGUAAAAUCGUUUUCAAUCAAUGUUUCAUCUAAGGAAGGGAGUCCUAGCAUAGUUCUAGCUUGUAGCAUGGGACAGGAAUAUAUUAACUUAUUAACAUUGAUGUUGAGGAGGUCCAGAAUCAGUUGCCAGUUGACAUGGUGAACACAGGCACAGCUGUAAAAGCUAUCUUGCGGUCAAAAGAGAUAACACAUGGGGUAAAACAUCAGUUCCGAAAAGAUUGUGUGGCUUUUCUAACUAAUCUGAUAUUGAAGCUACAAGAGAGAAGUCCCUUGAAGUAUCUUAUCGUUCGAUGCUCCUCCUCAUUAUCACCAGUCAAUAUGGUACAGAACCAACAGAAAGCUACAAGUCAGUUUAUAUCUCUGGUUGAAAGCUUCAUCAGGUUGAUCAUGUGUGGCCAUCUGUGGCAGAUUCGGCAAAAGAAGAGCUUGAUAAAUUCUUGUCAUCGCUCGACGCACCUACUAAGGAAGAGUUUGUGCAAUUUGAUUUCAGCAAAUCAAGAGUGGAUGAAUUCAUAAGGCCGUAUUUCAAAGAUCAAAAAGCGUUAUAGGCCAUCUGUAAAGUGCUCUUCACAUUAUCACACAGUCAAUCUGCUGUUGAACGGGGAUUUAGUAUCAAUAAAGAACUGUUGAUUGAGAAUCUUCAAGAGAAAUCUAUUGUUAGCCAAAGAGUUGUAUAUGACCACCUACAAUCAUCCAAUGUGGAUUUGCAUGAGUAUCAAUUGAGUAAUGGUCUGUUGAAAAGUUGUAAAGCUGCCAGACAAAGAUACGGAACACAUCUGGAAGACCAAAAAAGAAAAGUCAACGAAGACAAGAAAUCAAACAAACGAAAAUCAAUAACAGACGAAUCAACAAUGUUAAAAACUAUAAGAAAAGAUUAAUCUCAUCCAUCAAUGCACUGAACACGGAUAUUGAAAAACUCUGCUACAAAUGGACUUUUUAGUUAAAGCAAAUGCUUUUAGAAGGAAGGUCACCGAAAAGAAAGCUAACAUAGCCAAACUAGAUAAAGCUGUGGAGAAGCUAAGGAUCUUCAGAAAAGUAACGUCAAUGCUCACAGACUCUAUAUAGGAUAUUAGUUGAUAUUUGUUGUUUUUCUAGUCAAUUUUUUUUAAAGUUCUGAUUUUAUAUGAAUAUUCUGUAUGAAUAUAUAUGUUCUUUAUAUUUUGACACGAUUUUGUUGUUUUUAUCAUGUAAAAAAACUACUUGUACUUUUUUCAGCAAAGUUGUUCUCUAAAUAAUGAAAUUUAUAGUUUGUUUGAUAAUUGAUUAA